AGUGCGGAGAAAAUUCAGAGACUCUUUUCCAAGCUUGCGCUGAGGCUCGGAUUCUGGCGUUUCUGCUGUUGCUCGGCGGAUAUUUCGUGCCAAAAUCGACCUUUUCCACUGUAGCAUGGCAUUUCUUCUGUUGUAAAUAGCACUCCUGUUAACGGGUUUUUUUUCUCCUCGUACUUUUUGCAAACAAGAAUCAGUCUCGCCAAGAUACAUGGCGGAUCCGAGAAUUCGCAGGCAGACCUACACCGCCGCAUCCCAGCCUUCCCGCGGUGCGCAUCCGCGCGGAUCAGUCCCCCCGCAGGCGCAGCGCGGGGUCGGAUCAUCCAGGGGGAGCGGAACCGGUCGCGCGACUGAUGGCGGAAAUGCGCGAGCGGGGGAAAUGCAACCCGCGGAGACCGCGGAGCAGGUAGCGGAGCGGAAACUCCGCGAGCAGAGGGAGAAGGAGCGGGCGGAGGAGGAGGCGGAGCGGGAUGCGCGGGAGCGGAAGGCGCAGGCGGCGGAGCGGCUCCAGCGCGAGCAGCAGGCGGUGGUGUCGCUGGAGCGAUCGGUGCAUGCUAAAGCACGCGACGUAGAGUCGCUUUCUGCCGAGGCCACGCGGAUGGACGAGGAGGCUUCGGCUCUAAGGGCGAGGGCAGCAGUGCUUCACCAGCACUCGCUGCAAGUCAACGGCUUCCGAGCGUACCUGGAGGCUGGGAAUCGCCGCCUGGACGAAUGUAGGGCACACAUCUCCCCUACCCUCGCUUCCUCAGCAGCAGCAACAAGGGGGAAUGGAACCACAGCAGCAGCACCAGCAGUAGCCGACACUUCCUGCCCCACCGCUGCUGAAACCGACGAGGCUCUUUCCGUCCUCCAGAGGUUUCUGCAGGCGCGGCUGUGUGCUGCCAUUCACUCGCCUGCAGGUGCUGCUCUCCAAACGAGUACACAGCAGCCAGGCAUGCACACAGCUCGCAGUCACUCUGCUCCCCCUGUUGCUGCUGUCGCUGCUGCUGCUCCUGGUGCUGCUGCUGGUGAUGGUGGCGGUGGUGCUGCUGCAGGUGGGAGGAGUGGCACAGGAGGAGUUGGAGGAGUGGAAGGAGGAGCAGGAGGAGGAGCAGCAGGAGCAGCAGCAGGAGGGGGUGGAGGGGAAGCAGGGAGCAGGAGCGGUCGAGCACCUGCCGCUUCUGCCAAUUCCGCCCUGCUUUUCUCCUUCCCGGGAGGUUUCGCUGACCUGGCGCCCAUUGAUUGGAGCGAGCUGCCGGCAGCCGCAGGAAGCUUCCUGGAACGUGCGAGACUGCACCCGGGGGAGUUGGUGGGACUGCUGCAGGGUGCUGUGGAGCGGAAGGGAGAGGAGAUCCGGAGGGAGGAUACGAGCACAGAUGUGGAGGAGGAAGGCCGACGACUGGGGCUAACCACUUCUUCUGAAGGGCAGGGAGAAAUGAGUGGUGACAGUGCAGGCACUGGCGGCAGCAGCGGUGGCGGCAGCAGCAGCAGUGGCGGUAGCAGCACAAUGCAUGCGUCAAAGCACCUUCUGAGCAAGGCCGCAAAGUAUGCAUCACUCUCGUCUGCCCGUGAUGGUGGUGGUGCUGCUGCUGGUGCUGCUGGUGCUGCUGGGGACACGGGGCCAUCAGCGAGAGCUGGGGUGAAUCAGCAGCGCCAAGGGCCGCAGUCAACACAGGAGCUGGUGCUGGCGAGACAGAAAGAGUACCGCGACCUAUGCUUUCAGACAGAGGUGCUUAUGAGGAAGAUAGAGGCAAUGAGGGAGGAGGAGGAGAGAAGGGCUGGGGCUGCUGGGAGUAGGGCUGGGGCACUGCUGGAGAUAGCACUGGCCGAGGCGGAGCUGAGGGUGUGGCAAGCAGCAGAGAAACGGCUGUCAGGCGAGGUGGCAGCAGCAGGGGCCACCAAUCGAAGGGUGCAGCAGCAGUGGGAACAAAUAAAGGGUUUCGAUGAUGAGCGCAACAAUAAGUGGGCGGAGUACGAGCUUAUAAGGAGGAUGAACCAGGCCUACGCCCACAUGUGGUGGAACCUUAACAACGGCGAGACCCAGAAGGCCCUGGCAGGACAUGUGGCGAAGGCGGGAAGCGCUCUGAUUGGCGCGGUCCGAGCAGCUCGGAAUCUGGCCACUCACGAGGUGACAGCUGGCGUGGCGCUGCCGCCCUCCUGGCUCUGCCGCCCGGUCUCCUGUAGCUUCCCAUUGGCUGAUAUGCAAGAGGGGCAGGGGCAGGGGCAGGGGCAGGGGGAGCAGCAGCGCCCUGCUUCGUUUUCUUCCGCUGCCCCUGAUGUCUCUGGUGCUGGUGGGAUAGGUGGUGGUGGUGAUGCUGCUGCUGCUGCUGCUGCUGCUUCUUCUGUCCCGUGGCCCCUCCUCUCCUCUCUCGUCCACCAUCUCGCUCUCUCCCCCUCGCCUCUCCCUCUCCAUCCCUCCUCCACUUCCUCUUCCUCCUCCUUCCCCCCCACUGCUCCCACACCCUCACCCGUCGAUGAUCCCAUUCUCCCAUUGGCUGCUGAUGCUGCCCGGAUUCUUCGGGCAGCUUGGGCGGCCAAUGACUCGACAUCAGGUGGUCGGGCAGGGAGUGAGUUGGCUGCUCAUGCUUGGGGGUGGGAAGCAGAAUGGGGAGGAGGGGGAGGGAGGGGUGUGACGUCAGCAGUUUCCCUGAGCACAGAUCUCCAGGCAGUGGCUCAGUUUGUGGAGGCCAUGUCAGCAGCUGCUGAUGUGGCAACUGGCAGUGCUGCUGAGCUGGAGCCAGCUGUCGCCAGCAUGGCACGGCAGCUGGCUACCUUGCAGGAGGAAGCAGAGGGGCAGCACUUGGAGGUGCUGUCAGAGUGGCUGCCCCAGCUGGCGCAGCAGCAGGGGCAGUCCAGGCAGCUGGUCACUCGCACCCAAGACGCCUCUGACCUGGUCUCCCAUUGGUGGAAGCAGCCGGCCCUUGGGAUCAUCCCCUGGGUGGCAGUGGAGGGGAGGAGCAUGGAGGAGUGGGCAGUGGCGCUGGAGGGGGCUCACAUGGACAGGGAGCAACAGGCAAGCCAGUCACAGGCACAUAGGGAAGGCCAGAUGCAAGGCAGCAGUCAGGUGCACAGCACAGGGCAGUCACAGGGAAGCGGCAUGCACAGCCGUAGUCACUCGCAAGGCAGUGACUUGCAUGGGGGAGGAGGGAUGGAUCCAGGGGGGAUGGAAGGGAUGGGAGCAGGUCAUAGGCAUGGCAAGGAGGGGGUGAGGGAUGCUGGUAUGCAUGUCACAGGAACGGUGAGAGGGGGCUAUGUGGAGGAGUGUACAGGAGGGGGGGAAGCUGGAGGUGAGGAGGGAGGAAGUAGUGGGGGUUUGAGGGGGGCAUCGCUUGCUGGUGAGAGCCCGUAUGCUGUGCGCCCUAAGCAGCUGUUUUGAUUGGCGAGAGGGAGCGUUGGAAGUUUUGAGAUGCCUCGAACGAUGAGAGCUUGAUCUUGUUACCAGUGGAAAUGUUAUACUUCUUGUCAUGUUAAUCUUGUCAUCGUCCAGCAUGGGUUUUUAGUAGGGUUUAGCGUAGUUCCCAUUCUAUGAGGAAAUAGCUUUAUUUAGUUUUAACAUCUUGCUUAUCUUACUGUGCAUAUUUUCUGUACCCGACGAACGACAACUUUUGGAG